AUGAGGAGGAAUUUGGAUAUAGAACGAACACUUGAGGGGGCUGAGCAACAGCCGGACCUAACUAUGUUUGAUGUUGAUCCAGAUAAUGAAUUAGAAGAGCUUGCUAUUGUUACGUAUGAGACAGAACCAGAAACAUUAGCCUCAACGAAACGGAGGCGGGGAGGUAAUAGGAAGAAGUUAAAUAAACAAUAUAAACCUUCCAUCUUGGGAAUUCUGGAACCUUUUGUAUCUUUGGAAAAAAUUGGUCGUUGGGCAAGGAACUUAAGGUUUGAAAACUUUUGUACUAAUAUGGAUUAUGGCGGUAAAAUGUGGCUUUUUUGGUCUUCCGAUAUAGAAUUUGAUCAGAUUCAGGUGUCAUCUCAAAUUCUUUCUGGAUGGUUUUCUAGAGAUGGAGUUCGUGUUCUUGGCUCCUUUGUAUAUGCUAAUGUUCUCCAAGUUCAUAGGAGAGAGCUUUCGGACCAGCUACGUGAUCUAGAUUGUGGUGGGGAUGCUUUGUUCGUUGGAGGUGAUUUUAAUAUUGUGCGGUCUGACGAGGAACAUGUGGGGGGUUUGUUGCCCUCUACAAGUGGAAAGUUUGAAUUUAAUAAGGCUAUUCAUGAUGUGGGUUUGAUGGAUAUUCCUUUUGAUGGUCCUAAGUUGUCGUGGGGUAAUGGUAAACAGGGACUUCAUCGUAUAUGGGCGAGACUGGACAGGAUUCUAGUUAACCAACCGUUCAAGAAUCAGUUCCAAGAGGUUUCCUUAUCUUAUCUGGAUAGAACCUCAUCUGAUCAUUGUCCCAUGGUUCUGCGUUGCAUGGAAGGAGAAGAGUUACAUGGGCCUAAACCUUUUCGCUUCCUUAGGAUGUGGUGCACGCAUGAAGGCUUUUUGCCAUUGGUCAAACAGGUGUGGAAAAUGAAAGUUGAUGGCUCUCCUAUGGUCAAGAUUUCUAGGAAGUUGCGGGCAUUAAAAAUUUACUUACGUCAAUGGAAUGCGGAGGUGUUUGGAAAAGUUCAACAGGAAUUGGGUUAUAUGGAGGAUAAGUUGACCCAUCUUGAACAUGCUCUUAUUGAACACCAUUCACAAGAGACCGAAAGGGAACUAUUUCAAUGUAGACAGAAACAUUCAGCAUGGCUUCAAUGGAAGGAGAUUUUUUGGAAACAAAAAUCUCGUAUUAAAUGGCCGAUGGAGGGAGAUUCUAACACUAAGUUUUUCCAUGCUAGUGUUAGAAAUAAAAUAAAAAGUUUGAGGAUUGACCAUAUGGUGUUGGAGGAUGGGUUGGCACUACAUUCUGCAGAUGAAGUGCACGAAGGAGCAAUUCAAUUUUUUCAAUCAUUGCUAUCCGUCUCCCCUGUGAAUGUGGUAGAUUCAGAAAUGGAACUUUUACAGCCAGUCAUUGUAGCAACAGAUAAUGUCUCUUUGUGCAAAAUGCCAGGGCUGGAAGAGGUUAAAGAGGCUUUAUGGUCCACUCCUAGUGAUAGUAGCCCGGGACCUGAUGGGUUUAGUGCCAGUUUUUUUGUUCAUGCUUGGGACAUUGUCAAAGAGGAUCUAUUGGAAGUGGUGAAAGAAUUUUUUGGGGGUAGGCCAUUGACUACGGCUCUGGGUGCUACUAACAUUGUCCUCGUUCCUAAGGUGGAAGCCCCUAGCAGUUUCGCUCAGUUUAGCCCAUCAGUUUGUGCUCUGUGA